AUGGACGAAAGCCCAGUACGGACGGAUCGGGUUCGCGGGAUUGAGAGCCUAAGUUUUCUUUGCACAAUUCAAUAUUCACAAGCCCACUGCAAUGAUCUUUCGGUAUCCGCCCCAUUUCAUAUGGCCCAUCUAACUAUUCACAAUUAUAUGCUCUCAUUUCCACCAAUGUCGCCCGAGAGUGUGUCGCUACAGGUGGAUUUAGUAAAGCGUAAUCCUCUCCACCACCGGUACCAAAUGCCAUUGGCAGAACUCUUGACCUUCAUCCAGCCCUCCUCCCACCCCGCUUGUCAAUCGGUAGGGAUGUACCGGUGA